GAGCCACCACUGGUACAGCUGAGAAGCCAAGUCCUGGAAGUAAAACAGGCACCAGUGGUGUAGUGUCUGGCACAACAAUUGCGUCUGGAAGUUCCAACACAGGGGCCACAACGUCUUUGGAAAGUGGUGGAACCACUGAGGGUGGAAUUAAAAUAGUUACCCUCGGGGUGACUCCUGGCACGACCAUUGCACCCAGGAGUUCCAAUACAAAGGCUACAACUUCUAUAGAAAUUGGAGCUACCACUGGAGUUGGAAUGGCAACUGGAGUCACCAAUAUCAUUCCAGGGAUCCAAUCUACUGGAAGUAAAACAGGUAUUACUGAGAUAGCCUCUGGCACAACCGUUAUUUCUGAAAGUGCCAACACAGGGGCCACCACUGGAGUUGGAAUGCAAACAAGUACCUCUGUAAUAUCAAGUGAAAUUACUGGUUUCCCAGAAAGGUCCAGCCCAGGUAACUUCAAGGAAGCAUCUGAAACAACCACUGCCCCUAGGAUUUCUACCACAGGUAAUACCUCAGUGUCAAAUGGAAUUAAAACAAGUCUGAAAGUAUUCUUCCCAGAAACCAUUAUAGUAACAACAGGCGAUCAAGAAACUGAAAAUAAAACAGGAUGUCCAGCAUCUCUUCCACCACCUCCAGUUUGCCAUGGUCCACUGGGAGAAGAGAAAUCUCCUGGAGACAUAUGGACUGCCAACUGCCACAGAUGUACCUGUACUAAUGCAAAUUCUGUAGACUGUAAACCCAAAGAGUGCCCUUCUCCACCCACAUGCAAAGAUGGAGAGAGGCUUGUGAAGUUCAAAGCUAACGAUACAUGCUGUGAAAUCGGACACUGUGAACCAAGAACAUGUUUAUUUAACAACACCAACCAUGAGAUUGGCACUUCAUUUGGUGACUCCAAUAACCCAUGCAUCACCUACUCCUGCCAAAACACUGGUUUCAUUGCAGUAGUCCAAGAUUGCCCAAAACAGACCUGGUGUGCAGAAAAAGACAGAGUCUACGAUUCAAGAAAAUGUUGCUAUACAUGUAAUACUAAUUGCAGAUCUUCCCUCGUGAAUGUGACGGUUAAGUACAAUGGUUGCAAGAAAAAAGUUGAGAUGGCAAGAUGCACAGGGGAAUGCAAAAACACCAUCAAGUACAAUUAUGAUAUCUAUCAAUUGGAAAAUUCAUGCCUUUGCUGUCGAGAAGAAAACUACGAAUUCAGAGAAAUUACUCUUGACUGUCCUGAUGGCAGUACAAUACCUUACAGAUACAGGCACAUCACAGUAUGCUCUUGCUUAGACAAGUGCCGGAACUCUAUGAGCUCAGCGCGUUCAGAGUCUUGA